AUGACGCAGGAAAUUGAGGCUCCGCUGGGGACAACCACCACCAACUUUCCAGGCAGCCUUGCUACUCCAGAAUUGUACUGGCGUGAUCGUCAACCAUGGCUACAAGAACGGGGUUACGUGCUGCGCUCUCGAUACAAACCUGAUUGGGUGCCGUCCUGGCAGGGAACCAAGAAGACAUUUUUCGAAUGCGAAGAUGGACACGUAUUAGAACACCCAUAUAUCAUGGAUGCCACUAGGAUUUCGGACGGUACUCUGGUAUCGCUCAAGAAGGUUUCUGCUACUGUACACCCUCACGAAGUGGACAUUGGGCGAUUCCUCUGCUCCGAAGAGGUGGCCUCACAUCCCGAAAACCAUUGCGUACCAUUAUGGGACGUACUCGAGGACCCGUCUGAAGACAAGGUCUUGAUUCUCGUAAUGCCCUUGCUCAGGAGUUGCAAUGAUCCAGAGUUUGAGACUAUCGGAGAGGUAGUCGACUUCAUUCGGCAACUCAUUACGGGAUUGAAGUUCAUGCAUGCGCAUCAUGUUGCCCACCGUGAUAUCAUGUUACGGAAUGUAAUGCUGGAUCCUAAAUCGAUGUAUCCAGACAUGUAUCACCCUCGUCACAGGACUGAACGACGAGAUUUCAAGGGCACGGCUAAAUUUUACUCGCGCACCGAGCGGCCGACUAAAUACUACUAUGUGGAUUUUGGUUUGUCGCGCAAGUAUGAUCCAGCCGACGGGCCUCCUCUGGAAUUGCCCAUACUGGGUGGGGACAAGACCGUGCCCGAGUUCCAAGGUGAGGGCUACAAUAUAGCUGUAGACCCCUUCCCGACGGACAUAUACUACCUCGGGAAUCUCAUACGCAUGGCGUUUCUGCAGUAUUAUCCUGAUUUUCACUUUCUCCACGCCCUCGUCGCAGACAUGGUCCAGAGCGAUCCCCAGAAACGCCCGCCUAUCGAGGAGGUCGCUUCCCGGUUCACUGAAGCCACAUCCAAGCUGUCCUCGCGGAGUCUCCGCGGUCGUCUCAGACAGAGGAAUGAAUCGGCCAUCGUCCGACUUCUCUUGGGCAUUGGACACAUGUUUAGGACCGCGAAGUACGUCGUAAAGCGGCUACCCCCAGUGCCUAUCCCUCCCGCGUAG